UUAAAUAAAACCCAUUCAAUACAUGGUUUUGCUUAGUUGUUAAACUAACUGUUGUAAUUUCCAAGAGGAAAAAUGGCGUAUUCUCCGCCAGGUCCUAGAAUGGACGAAUCACAUAAAGAAUGGAUGGCCACAAGAAGAGGGAGCGUGCCGUGUAUUACCAAAGAGUUGGUUCUUCAUCCGGACGCCGAUUUAGAUACUGUUAUGGACUAUGCCGAAGAGCUAGGAGUGGAUUUGGCUAAAUUGAAUGAUGUGGAAGAAAUGCAGAAUAGGAUCUGUAUGCAUCUGGACUAUCUGGAUUCCCGGGAAAAUCCAAUUGAAACGUUUCGAAAGCUGUUCAUGGAAAAACAAUGUGACGACAUAAAGAGAAGGAAUAAGUUACAGGAGCUUCUAAAGAAAUUCACCCAAACAAACGCUAGUUUUCAUCAAAUGUCGUCUUGCGGCAAAGAACGAAUUGAAGGAAAGACAACUCUUGAAUCACUUCUCGAGACAGAGGGUAUUACAAAGGACCUCGACGAAGAUCUCAGACAAAAAAUUCAACACAUUACUCAUGGACAUUGUGUUGUUGUUGUUGCAGGCGAAACAAAUGCGGGUAAAACGACAUUUCUGAACUUGUUAUUGGGAUACGAGGACUUAUUGACGGUCAAGGCCGUUUGCUGCACAUCAGUCAUAACUAGGAUAUCACACGGGGAACAAAUUUCCGUACAUAUAUUGAAUGAAAGUGGCAAAACAGAAAAGUUUAACUUAAAUCCGGACGAACCAAUUGAAAAACAAAUUGAAAAAUUAUUGUUUGAAAAAGAUCUUGAAAAGCGCGAGGGCAAAAAGGGUGAAUCAGAGGAUGCUGUCGCAGAAGUCCACCUGAAAUUGCCAAAUGAGAGAUUAAAGAACGGCCUCGUUUUGGUAGACUCUCCAGGUAUUGGGGAAAAUCCACAGAUGGACAACGUCAUCAAACGCUUUGUGGAGACCAACCAAAUCAAUGGAUUCAUCUACCUCAUCAAGUCAGAUAGUGGUCAGAGAGUGGAUGAAGACAGGAUUGGAGAAUUGCUGAAAAUGAUUCUGACCUCCCAAAAGGAAAAGAAGGACGGAUAUGGUUUGAAUUUUGACCCUCGACUGGCUCUCUUUGUUUGUAAUCACUGGGACAAUGUAAAGAGAGAUGAAAGAGAGGAAGUCUUCCAGUACAUUGUGUCCCGUCUCGAAAGAUAUUGGCCAGGUCUAAAACGGGACCAGGUUAUAAAAUUUUCAGCCAUGGAGGCAAAGAGGGAAUUGGAUCAGAAUAAAAAUUACAUCACUUCCGACUUCAAAGCAGUGUGGAGUGGGAUUCAUGAACUCUACACUUCCGCUCUUGACAAAAGAGUAACAUCAACCUACAAAUGGAUGGAAACCAUACUGAAGAGAAUGACACACCACCUUAAGACGUUCGUCUGUCGUCUGGACACUUCAGAGGAUGACCUUCAGCAGAAGUUAUCAGAGAUAGAAGUCAAGUUAGAUAGGAUAGGACUUCACGCAGAGGAGGUUAUGCAGUCAUUGACGAAAAAAAUCGACAACGCUUGUGAAGAAAUAUACCAGUCUUUCCGGGAGUAUUUGAUGACGUUACCUUCGAAAACUCAAAUAAUCAACUGGACAACGGCCGAAACACCUGAUCCAAACGAAUUUCCAACCUGGACGGAAAUCAAAAUGGAAAUUUACGAAAGGACGUCUCAAAGGAUAUCCAAAGAGCUGGUUAGAUGGGAAGAUCAACAAGGUCACAUCAAAGAAAUCGACAGGGCAAUAAUGACUGAGAUUCAUCUGAAGCUGAAUCUAUUACGAGAAGAAUUGGCUGAUGUUGAUGAUGAUUUGAAUUCAGACACGAAAUCCAUUACCAGUGAUGACGCAUCACAGUCUCAAUUUGGGACAAUGCGUAAAAGACACUCGCUAGGCGGCCCAUCCCGGCGAUCCACUUUGCCAAGUGUCAUGGUAUGCUCAGAAAACCAGUUAACAGUACCAUUCAUUGCGCAAUUUCUCUCUCCUCUCGGAAACGCCUUGCAAAAUAUUGUCAACAAGAAAGGUCGUAUCGGAGACUAUGAGAAGAAUCGAACCAAAGUAGCCAGAGAAAAAUCAGAACGGUAUUACGACUACUUAUUGAAUACAAAUUAUGGAAACAGUUUUCUCCGAAAGUUUAUCGAGGCCUUGCUUGAUCAAACCAGAGAAAAACUUGCUGACAUCCAUUGUAAAAUUCCUGCCAUUAUCGAGUCGGAUAGAAAGGUCAUGAUGCUUAUACUGCGAUGUAGGAGGGACACGAAAGUCUCUAGGGAAUUAUAUGAAGAGAUGAUGACUGGCUUGGAAGAUUUAAAACAUCAAUUGACUGAGUACGGGGAAGGAGAAAUCUUUGUCGAUGAUUUUAGAAAUGCAGAAAUACGGAUUUCUAACUCGGAUGAAAAGUCUAUCCAUAUUUCCCAUUUUAUCGACAACAGUUCUACAGAAAGUAACACUGCCCAAACAAGUGAAACGAGAGCUCUUUGGACAAUUCUGCAAAAUGGCAGCAUUCGAAAGGAAGAAAAUGCAGGAGAAAUUCCAGUGUUCAUCAGAAUCUAUAUGAUGUCAUCAGGAGUAACCAACAUAACGGCUGAGGUUUCUAAACUCAGAUUUUUAAAGCACAGUCAUGUUGCUGAAUUCCUUGGUCUUCAUCGUGUUCAUUCUGGAUUCCCAACACUCAUCUACAAGAAUCGAAUGAAGACACUGCAUGAAUAUUUUAAAAGCAGAAGUAAAGAUUCGGCCAAAGAGCGCAUGAAAGUCUUUCAAGAGACUGUGAAAGGACUGGAAUAUCUUCAUCGUCGAAAUUUAGUCCAUAUGGAGCUCAACACACAUACUGUUACGGUUGAACAAGCAACGGGAAUGGUUAAACUAACCGGAGCGUGUCUUCCCCGAAAAGCCAACCUUCCAAUGGAUCGCGAAUCAAUCCAAGUGUCGCAUUUUGUGUUCAUUUCACCAGAAGUCCUUAAUGGUGAAGCAUACCUUGCAUGUGACGAUUCGUACGCAGUAGGACUCCUGGCUUUGGAGCUGAUUUUCAGAAAGAAACCCUACAAAGAGUAUCGUCAAUGGUCUCUGGACCAAUUUGCGAGGGAAGUGAUGCCGCGAGAAAUGUUGAAUUUGGAUGAAGUUUUCCAAGGCCAGUCAGAGGAUAUAUGUGCUUUGAUGACAAAGUGUUUUGGAAAAGCAGACGACCGUCCGCGCGUUGGAGAGUUUCUGAACUUGAAGUUUCCCGUUGUUGAUAUCUUAGAGAGAGUUGACGAAGAGCCAAAGCCCCUACCCCGGAAACGAAAUCUGAUCUACCGAAGAUGAGUAGAUCUCUUCCCAUAGUUUAUUUAAGUCUUAAUAGUCAUGGACGUAAUGAUAUUUCAGGAAAGACUUUUUUGGGGAAAAAAAUGUGGUGUCCUUUCGACACGCUCAUUAUUCAGUUCAGCUAGUGUCCAGUUUGAAGAUAAAUAUUUGUAUCACUGCAAGUUUAUUUUUGUUUUGUCUUGAAGAAAGAAAAACUUUGUCUCACUUAAUUUCUUUUUUUAAUUCUCUAUAAUUUUAAUAUUUUCUAAAUAAAAGAUACCAAUAUGUAUACUUGUAUAAGUAAUGCUAUGGUUUUUAAGGUUUGAAUCAUUUUGAUUUCAAUGAAUUGAAAUCACUACCGUAUUUUUUGCAAGGCAAUUGAUCAAAAUUUUCUCGUAACGAAUACGAGACAAACUAUAGCAUCUUUUAUCUGUGCCCGCAAAAUAUUUUAAAAAGGUUAGAAAUAAAGAAUUUUUGUUAACUGAAAUAAUUUUUAAAAAGAUUUGCUUUUCACAAAAAGUUUUCUUGUAUUAAAUGUUAGCUAUUUCUGUGAUAAAGAAAGAGAAAUACGAGAUGCAUGUACAUAUACAAUGUUGUUGCUGCUAUUACUUCACUGAUGCCUCUGUAUUGAGAAUAUUUGUGCUUAUGUAGUUCAGGGGAUGCUCACUCCCUCAUGGCACCUAAUCCCACGUCAGAUGUUUUGGAGGUCCGUGAUUGCUGUGCUCCUGUUUUUUAUUGUUUUAUGAACUUUUGAUCUUUAAUACUGUUCAUUAUCUCCCUAUGUUUAAUGUUAGCUUUUCAA